UAUUGGAAUGUUAAUGUUAAGUACAAGAAAACUCCCGGGUUAGAAGAAAGAAUACAAAUCAUGUCGAACGCAGUUGCGAAUGGGCUGGCGGGAGCGGGAGGUGGUAUCAUUGCUCAGAUCAUUACUUAUCCCCUGCAAACGGUGAAUACGCGUCAACAAACUGAGAGAGUGGCCAAGAAAGGGUCACGUAAUUCCGAUGGGAGUUCGCUCACUUCCAAAAGCCAUGCAGCUGCUCCUGCCACUGGCGCUCUUCUUCAAAUUCUCCAGGUCAUAAGAACCGAAGGUUGGGGUGGACUUUAUAGUGGCCUUAAACCGUCUCUGCUUGGAACUGCUGCUUCACAGGGAAUUUAUUACUAUUUUUAUCAGGUUUUCAAAAACAGGGCGGAGGCCGUUGCAGCUGCCCGUAGAGACAAAGGGCGUGGGGAUGGUACUGUUGGCAUGUUCUCUUGGCUUGUUGUAGCUGCUAUUGCUGGCUCCUUGAACGUGUUGUUCACAAAUCCUAUUUGGGUUCUUGUGACUCGUAUGCAGACACACACUCAAGCUCAAAGAAAGAUUAUGGAGGAAAGGAGGGAGGCUUUAUUGAGGGAAGAUUCUGAAAGAAGUUUGAUAGAUUCAACUUUGCAAGAGAAAUUGGCUGAACUUGAUUCAGAAAAACCUCGUCCUUAUGGAACUCUGCAUGCGGCACGUGAGGUUUAUACUGAGGCGGGAAUUACUGGAUUCUGGAAAGGAAUUGUUCCAACACUUAUCAUGGUGUGCAAUCCUUCAAUUCAGUUCAUGAUUUACGAGAGCUUGUUGAAGCAUCUAAGGGCAAAGCGUGCUGCAAACAAGCAGGGAUCAAAAACCGUAACUGCUUUGGAGGUUUUUCUAUCGGGGGCCUUGGCAAAGCUGGGAGCAACUGUCUCAACCUACCCCUUAUUAGUUGUCAAGUCAAGGCUGCAAGCAAAGCAGGAGAUUGGUGGGAAUAUCUCAUUAAGAUACUCAGGUACUCUUGAUGCAAUUAUUAAAAUGAUCCGCUAUGAAGGAUUGCCUGGCUUUUACAAGGGAAUGAGCACUAAGAUAGUACAGAGUGUUUUUGCAGCUUCUGUACUUUUCAUGGUUAAGGAGGAGCUUGUCAAGGCAUACAUGACGUUGGCACAUAAAAGCCAGAAAGUUAUGUUGAGCUUAGUGAAAUGACCACUUCACUCCAUAAGAGGGAUUAUUCUGUCAUUGUGGUUUUCCUCUUUGUUUGCAAGUUGUUGCUUCAUAUAGCGAUAGACGUUAUUGUGAAACCUUGAUGGACGCGUUGGCUCUAAAGGCAUGUGCAACCCAGUGCUCACCUUUCGACACUAUAUUUUCUUUUCUGGUUCUCCUUUCCCCAUUAAUUUAUUUUGUGAUGUCUGAUUAUGUUACUUGGGAAAAUGUGAUUUAAAGACAAUCUGAGUUAAUGAUAUUCAAAUUGAGGAUGAUCCAACCAUCAGUUUGAGAAAUAGCUCUCAUGAUAUUAUUUGAGUUUGUAA